AUGUGGGAAAAAUUAUAUAAGGUAUCAAAGGAAAAUCCAUUUUGGAGUCCGUUUAUAAGAGCAGAUUGUGCUCCAUCAGAUUCAAAAACUAAAAAACCAUCAUCAUCAUCAUCAUCAUCAUCACAAUACAGUUGCGAAUAUGGAUCCCCGGAAUAUUUUAUGUAUUGUGCUUUGGGUGGUGCAAUUUCUUGUGGUGUCACACAUCUUUUGGUCACACCAUUGGAUGUUGUCAAAUGCAGAAUACAAGUUAAUCCUCAUAAAUAUAGAGGAGUGAUUGGUGGUUUCAGAACGACCAUUGCUGAAGAAGGAGCCAAAGGGUUGGUACGUGGAUGGUUUCCAACUCUUGUAGGAUAUUCAAUGCAAGGAGCAUGCAAAUUUGCUUUUUAUGAAUUUUUUAAAAUACAAUAUUCAAAUAUGUUGAGCCCUGAAGAUGCAUACAAUUAUAGAACUUUAGUUUAUUUGUGUGCAAGUGCAAGCGCUGAAUUUAUUGCUGAUAUUGCAUUAAGUCCAAUGGAAGCUGUUAAAGUUAAAAUACAAACGACAGAGGAGUGUGGAAGAACGUUUAGGGAAUGUUUUCCAACCAUGUGGAGAGAUGAAGGAAUAAAAGCAUUUUACAAAUCUUUGGUACCCCUAUGGCUACGACAAAUCCCAUACACCAUGAUGAAAUUUGCUUGUUUUGAAAGAACGAUAGAAUUAUUAUACGAACACGUGGUACCAAAACCGAGGGAAAAAUGUACAUACGAAGAACAAUUAGCCGUUACUUUUGCUGCCGGUUACAUAGCCGGAGUUUUUUGCGCUGUCGUAUCACAUCCGGCUGAUACAUUGGUAUCGAAAAUGAAUCAACAACAAGGUUGCACAGCAAUGCAAAUGGAUUGUGGGGAGGUUUGGGAACGCGUAUAA